AUGGAAAAUUAUACUCAAACAUCAACUGAUUUCAUCCUAUUGGGGUUGUUUCCACUAACAAGAAUUGGCCUCUUCUUCUUCAUUGUCAUCAUUAUCAUUUUUCUAAUGGCUCUGUUUGGCAACCUGUCCAUGAUUCUCCUCAUCUUCCUAGACACCCAUCUCCACACACCCAUGUAUUUCUUACUUAGCCAGCUCUCUCUCAUUGACCUAAACUACAUCUCCACAAUUGUCCCCAAGAUGGCUUCUGAUUAUCUCUCUGGAAACAAAUCUAUCUCCUUCAUUGGGUGUGGGGUUCAAAGCUUCUUCUUCUUGACUUUAGCAGGUGCAGAAGCAUUGCUCCUGAUAUCUAUGGCCUAUGAUCGUUACAUGGCUAUAUGUUUUCCUCUCCACUAUCCCAUCCGUAUGAGCAAAAAAGUGUGUGUGCUGAUGAUAACAGGAUCAUGGAUUAUGGACUUAGUCAACUCCUGUGCCCAUACUCUAUAUGACUUCCAUAUCCCUUACUGUCGAUCCAGAACCAUCAACCAUUUCUUCUGUGAUGUCCCCACCAUGUUGACUCUGGCCUGCAUGGACACCUGGGUCUAUGAGUACACAGUAUUUGUAAGCACCAUCCUCUUCCUUGUGUUUCCUUUCAUUGGCACUGCAUGUUCCUAUGGCAGGGUCCUCUUUACCAUCUGCCACAUGCGGUCAACAGAAGGGAAGAAAAAGGCCUAUUCAACCUGCAGCAGCCACCUCACUGUGGUCACUUUAUACUUUGGACCCUUUGUUUACACUUAUCUACGCCCAAGACCUUUCCGAUCUCCCACAGAGGACAAGGUCUUGGCUGUCUUCUACACCAUCCUGACCCCAGUGCUCAACCCCAUCAUCUACAGCCUGAGAAACAAGGAGGUGAUGGGGGCCCUGAGAAGAGUGAUUCAGAGGUUCUGCUCUGUAAACAUGUAG